UCAAUGAAAUGUAUUUGACCUUUGGGCAACAAUGUCUGUCAGUUGAAAGCGAGGCCCGUCCGGCGAUCGAGGAUGUUUUUUGCUUUUUUGUAGUCCAAAGCAUUGGAUGCCAGCUUGUCUUGGACUCGACGACCGUGCUCGUACAGCAAGCUGUUUCCCAUUACCAGGUCCCUCGUGGAUGCGUUGAUGUGAGUGUUAAAUAGGCGAUUCCUGUCACUUUUCCAACAGUGUCUAGGUCGCAGUCAAGGUGUCUAGGCCAAUGGGAGGGAUCGAGAUACCUAGAUUGACCAAUCGCUUUUUUCGGGAAAUCAAGAUAUCGUCGACACUCAAUCAUGAGAAUAUUGUACCUCUCUGGGGAGUUGCAUGUCAAUUCGGGGUUCUUCCCGCCCUGGUUUCGCCGUGGCUAAAGAAUGGCACCCUGACAGAAUAUCUGCAGAAUCGACACAAGGAACUUCCUCGUGGCCAACAGUAUGCACUGCUUAGGGAUGUAGCUCGCGGCCUUGAAUAUCUCCAUUCGCAGCUGAUUGUCCAUGGAGACUUGAGUGGCUUCAACGUCCUUGUCGAUGACGAUGGAAAAGCACGCAUCACCGAUUUUGGUUUAUCUGCUCUCGUUCCAGCGAGAAUAAGCCAAGCCUUAUUACCUACCGCUCCUGGAGGCACUCUGCACUGGAUAGCACCCGAAUACCUGAGGGCGGAUGCCAGCGACGUGCCAUCCAUGCUCUCUCAGGCAAGCGAUGUAUACUCUUUCGGAGGAAUCAUGCUUCAGGUACUGGAAGGAAAGAUCCCAUACCACUACAUCCCCCAUACUGCUGCUCUAGUUGGUCAAGUAUUACAAGGGAUCACGCCUCGAAGGCCGGUUGUACCCGUUAUCAUCGACGAGGACUGGGACUUUAUGCAGAAAUGCUGGUUACCACAUGCAGCGUCUCGGCCGUCUGCCACAGACAUUGUUACGAUUAUGGAAGCACGGGCUAUGAUUGUCGUGUAAAUAGGACGACCGUAUUCACUCUAUCGAUGUAGAUCAUAGUGAACUAACAACGAAUGAUAUCUUUCACGCUACAUCUAGCAUAA